AUGAACAAGAAAAUGAAUGAUAUCUUUAAUAUUAUUGCAUACUUCGGACUUUAUUCCAACGUUUAUAAAGGUUAUAUUACCACAGAUGUGUUCACUAUACAAAUAUAUCAUAAAAAAGAGAAAAAAUAUAUAUUAUAUUUUCUUAAAAAGCUUUUUAUAUUUUCCUUUUUAAUUUGGGCAUUACAGUGUUUUAAUAAUUGGUAUUCUUUUAGGUCGUGGAAUUACAAAAACAACUCAAAUAUAUUAAAUUUAGGAGCUAACAGAUUAUUAGCAGAAAAAAUAUAUAAAAUAGGACAAGGAAAAGAAGAAUUAAAAUUAUGUGAACAACAAUAUAAAGUAAAAACGGAAUUAGAACAAAAUAAUGGGCAAAAAGAAAUAGAAGAGUGUAUAGACGCAGAACAAGAAAGUGGAAUAGAGGCAAAAAAGGAAGAUAAAGAAUUAAAAUGUAAUAAGAAAACAUUAAAAAAAUAUAAUAAUAUUUCAAAGGUAUGUUCAUUAUAUUUUGCUUUUAUUUUGUCUUUUAUUUCAUUUCUAUUAUCUAUAAUAAAUGUCAAUGCUCAAGAACCGGAAAUUGAAAGAAUAAUUUUUUUGUGUAUUAAUUUAUCUGUUAUAAUAUUUUCAGUACUUUUAAUUAUGGAAAAAAUCAAAAUAAAACAUAAAGAAAAACUACAACUUUCAAAUUAG